AUGCUCCUUGACGUGCUAUUCCCGGACGCCUUCAGCCAAAUCUUCUGGAUGAUCUUCAUGGCCGUCACGGUCAUCCCUGUGUGCAUGAUCCCGACCCUGAAGGAGGCGUCGUCGGUGGCCCUGGUCGGCUGCCUCGGCACGCUCAUCGCCGACAUUGUCGGCGUGAGCAUCCUGGAGUGGGAAAUGCGCGGCCACCCGUCGAUCCCGACGCCCGACACAUCGCUCCACCAAGUGUUGACUGCCUUCGGCAACCUCGCUCUGGCCUACGGUGCCGCUGUUGUGAUCCCCGAUCUGCAGCGCCAGCACUCGCAGCCGGAGCGUAUGCCCCGCAUCAUCACCGUCAGCAUGGGUGUCGGCACCGUCUUCUUCCUGGCCAUCGCCAUUGCCGGCUACGCUGCCGGUGGCUGCCAGCUAUCGGGCAACCUGCUCUUCUCGGCCGUCAACACCUCGGACCCGUACGCGACGUCCGCUCUUGGCUUCAUCCCGAACCGUGGCGCUGUCAUCAUGGCCUACCUCUUCAUGCACGUGCACAUUGUGAUCGCCUUCUCGACCAUCGUGAUGCCGGCCUUCUUCAUGGCCGAGCGGUUCCUGCUGGGCAUGCACAAGGACAAACCAUCCAUGGACCAGGAGCAGGGCGUCGUGGUCAAGUACGAGGACGAGUUCGCCGAGUACCGCGGCAAGCUCAACAUGCUCCGCUACAUCGUGCUGCGUCUGUGCAUCCUCGCGCUGCUGGUGGUGGCCUCCAUCUUCCUGCGCGACAAGUUCCUCGACCUCGUCGACUUCACCGGCGCGUCGGCCGUCACCGCCGGCAGCCUCGUCCUGCCGCUCAUGUUCUACCUCAAGAUCUUCUGGAACAAGCUCCCCAUGUACGAGCGCGCCGGCUCCAUGCUGAUCAUCGUCGUGUGCACGGUCCUCGGCGUGUACGUCAUGAUCUACGCCGGCAAGAACCUGUUCAACCCGGACUCGAGCAGCGCCACGUUCCCCUACUGCUCGGAGGAGUUCCAGUCCGAGCCGUACUACGUGCGCAACUCCACCUCGUCGGCCUAA